UAUGCUAUACUGCUAUAUACUAACCGGCCGGCUAUAGCGAACAGCCGGGGGACCGACGACUGUGAGCAUGCCUCAGCGAUUCCUCCUCGAAGCCAGCUCGUAGACUCGAUCCACUCUCAGUUCCAUCCAUUGCUUCGCACCGAGCGCACUACAUGCAUCCGACCACAAUCUUCCCGAUAGACUCUUCACUUAGGACUUAGCAUGUGGAAGAAGUAGUGCCUCCUCUGAACAAUAUCACUUAUACAAACCAGCAACAACACCAGUCAAACAAUUUACUCUCUUGAGUCAAUGUGCAAUCAUCCUCCAGUGUGUUCAGCUUCUUCAUCGUCCGACUACUGCUAGUAGAGGAUCUCCAAGUGGGAUACCAAUACCACCGAAGCUAUUUCUGGGUACAAAUCACUAUAUAUCUCCAGUGCGUGUUGUGUGAAUAAGCCGGCAAAAUUCCGGUUGCAAGGCAAAGCCUCGGCACUCUGCACGAGGCCACCACAAUGGGACAGAUACCACAAAAUGUAAGCAUCAACUGUCCAUUGGAGAUCUGUCCAUGCCAAUCCACGCGUACCCUCUUCGUGGAGGCGUUCUUACAGAACAACCGAUUGGAUCAUGUGAGCCAGGUGAUGGGAUAUCAUCCAUCUUACUUGGACAACUUCUUGAAAACGCAGAAUUUCAUAUUGCGUGGCGAUGGACCUCUACCAUACGACUAUAGACAUUACAUUGCGAUUAUGGCAGCUGGACGUCAUCAGUGCAGUUACUUAAUACAAUUGCAGAAGCAGGAGUUCUUGGUGCAGGGAGGUGAUCAGUCUUGGUUGAAGGGUUUGCACUGCAUCCCGCAAAAGCUGAGGAACCUCUAUGACAUCAACAAAAUCUUGGCGCACCGGCCCUGGCUCCUAAAUAAGUCUCACAUUGAGAAAUUGACGAAGGGCAAGGACAGCUGGUCUCUGGCUGAGGUCGUCCACGCCAUCGUGAUUCUCACGCACUUCCACAGCCUUUGUUCGUUCGUUUUUCCGUGCGGCGUGAACCAGGAGCUCGACCAGGCCGGCGGGUACAGAUAUCCGGAGACUCUGCAGAUGUUGAAUAACCCAGGCGGUAACAGCGUUGCCGCAGCCACCGGUGUCAGCAAAAAGAGCAGCGAUCCCAAAGAUAUACCGAUUCCGAACGACACGAGACCGACGGCCGGAAAGAUCCUGAACGGCGGUCGCUUGAAUAACUUCAUCAACAAGAUCGGUGUGGCAGAUUGGACGAGCGGACGGACGCAAAACCAGAGUCCGCCGUCGCCCACGGAGCCGGAGGUCGGUAUCUCGACGCUGAUGCAACGCAUGAAGACGCUGUCCGAGCAGACGCAGGAGUGCACGCCGGUGGAGUUGGCGAAGAGGUUCGAGAAUGUGGAGACGCAGAGCGCCGAGUUGGGAGCCGUCGGCCCGGAGCCGCAGGGCACUCCCGCCGACAUCGGCAUCUUCAUCGAGGACACCCAGUUCAUCUACCAGGACUUUGCUAAGCGCGACGAGCACCAGAGCAUACCCACGUUCCGCGUGCAGGAUUACUCCUGGGAUGAUCAUGCCUACUCUUUAGUCAAUAGGUUAUACAACGACGUUGGAAACCUUCUGGACGACAAGUUCAAGACUGCGUACAACCUGACGUACUACACUAUGGGCGGAAGGACGGACGUGGACACUUCGCGUUUCCGAAGGGCCAUCUGGAACUACAUCCAAUGUCUUCUCGGCAUCCGUCACGACGACUACGACUACGGGGAAAUCAAUCAGCUACUGGAGAAGUCCCUGAAGACCUUCAUCAAGAGCGCAUGCUGUUACCCGGAGUGCGUCACCAAGAAGGAUUACCUGAAGGUCCUAAGGGAGUUCAAACACAGCGAGAAAGUCCACGUGAAUCUGAUGGUACUGGAAGCCAGGAUGCAGGCGGAACUUCUCUACGCGCUGAGGACUGUGAAUCGCUACAUGACAAACUAAAGAAGAUAUUCGCGCAAUCGUUGCGCGAAAACUAAUAAUAACAAACAAAAGAAAAUACACCUAUCUAAGCCCGUAUCUAAGGUAUAUAUAUAUGUAUUUGUAUAAAGGUAUAUAUAUACAAGAACUCUACUCUUCAUGCCUCCUAACGUAGGUAUGAGUAUAUCAUAUUAAUAUAUGCACAAAAAAAAAUGGUAAUUUCUAUCUAUAUAUAUAUAUAUUGAAGAGG